UCAAGGAGGAGACCCCUGUGCUGCUGUGCUGCUGCUGCUGCCGGCUCUCUCCUCUUUGGCAGCCCAAUAGUGGAAGGUGUGUGUCCACUAAAGCUUUUCGUCGCUUUGGGCACAUUUGGGACUGAUUUUGGCCACUAGAUCGAGACUGCGACUCACGCUGCACGUCACGGCAGAAGCAGAGCCCAUCUGCUCGGUGAGGAUGAUGCAGUGAUACAGAGCAGGGCAUUUUUCUCAUCUGGAUCGCACCCAGUCAGUCAGUCGGCAUCUUCAGCUGUUGCAUCUUCCAGGAGAGACUGGGAGAGGUGGGGAGCAGCAGACAGGCCAAGCCCGUGCCAAUGAUUUCACAUCGUGGUGGGGGAGCUGUGCAAAUGGAGAAGGUGACUCCACCGCCGGCCCAGCCCCAGCUCCAGCUGUCCAUAGCGAAGAGCGAGAGUCCAGCCGAAGACAUCUCCGGGCUGAGCGACGAGGAGCUGCUGAAGUGGACCAAGGAGGAUCUGCUGCGCCGGCUCCGGCGCUCCGAGGCCGACAAGAUGAGCGUCAUCCUGGACCACGGGAAUCUCAUCCGAGAGGUCAACCGCAGCCUCCAGCUGCACCUCACCGAGAUACGAGGGCUGAAGGACAUCAAUCAGAAACUUCAAGAGGACAAUCGUGAACUGCGGGACUUGUGCUGCUUUUUAGAUGACGACCGUCAGAAAGGAAAGCGUGUCUCCAGGGAGUGGCAGCGUCUUGGACGUUACAGUGCCAGCAUUAUGCGCAAAGAGGUGACCCUCUACCUACAGAAACUCAAAGAGCUGGAGCUUCGACAAGAGGAAGUGAUCCGGGAGAACCUGGAGCUGAAGGAGCUCUGCUUACUGCUGGAUGAAGAAAAGGGGGUGGUAGGUGGGGGCGUGGGGGAAGGUUCUGGUGGAGGGGCCGUGGGGAUCGGAGGGUGUCGCAACUCUAUAGACAGCCAAAACAGUUUGCUGCUGGUGCCGGGGCAGGGGCUGCUGAUGAGAGAUGUAGGGGAUGGGAGCAGCACCUCUAGUGCAGGGAGUGUCGAUAGCGCCGAUCAUCCUCAUCAUAAGCAAGCUCACCUUGCCAUAGUAGUCGGUGGUGUAGUUGGUAGUGGGGAAAAAAAUAGCCCUGAACUAGUGCACAAACCUAGGUGCAGCAGUAUUAGUGGAUUAGGAAGUGGAGGAGAUAGGGAGGUGCUGUCCAGUCCUGUGCACCCAGCUGGGCGCCACCGAAGUACGAGCCUGGAGUACCCGUACACGCUGCCUCAGCUCUGCCGGCCCCGCUGCGGCUCCAUAUCUGUUCCUGACCACAGUCGCGUUAUGCGGGGCCUGAGCCCAGAAAAAUAUGGAAGGAACAUAGGCCAACGUAGUCCAGAGCAGCACCCUAAACACCACAGCUCCGAUCUCCUUCUGGGUCAGAGGCAGCACUACGUGGGCCAGGGUGGCAGCGGGGAGCUCUACCAGAGGCACCAGAGGAGCAGCAUUAGCAGCAUGGGCUGUGGGAGCCCCGAGCCCCGCCACGUGCACCUCGGGACCGGUGAGCACCAUGAAAAGGGCUGCAUAAUCCAGGGCGGCAGCCCUGAAACUCACAGGCAUCAGUACAGUCUGAGUCCUGAUCAAGUGAAGUUUGGCAGUCCUGUGAGAGAGAGUCAGAGGAGGCUGGCUGGAGAAGAGCUGUCGCCACAUCAUCGGAGCAUCUAUAACGGCAUGAAUGCUUUGAUAUCAGCCAGCUGCUGCACCAACAACUGUAGAAAUGUCAAGCUGUGGGACAGCUUUGAUACCUCCUCUUGACAACACGGAAAGCAACGCAUUUCAAAAGAAGAAGGGGUAGCAGAGGAGCAGCCCUCCUGCAACUCUGGUGUUGAGCGACCGCAGAGCCCCCGGACGCCUCCCUCCACGGCUCAGGACGAUCUGUGGUCCCUGGUCUCAUCCAUAUCCACAGUCCUUUAAACAGCCUGCCUCCAUGUUUUAAUUUUUUACAUAUCAAUAGCUGGAUCAGGUGAAUUUUUUUAGGGUCUGCUAAUGUUGUGGUUGGAAAAUAGUAGGAUAAGCACACUGGAUCAGAGUGGAUAACUAUCCCUGGCAGCUGUGGCAUCGCUGCCUCCCAGGAGGACACUGUAGAGAUAAGGAGGGAUGCUGGAGACGGGUUAGAAUAUGAAGAGGGCUUUGCACAGUUAGUGCUGCUACCCUCUGUUUACAAAUGUAGAUCACUGGUGGAGAAGCACAGAAAACUUCCUAAAUCCUGCUCUUCAAAUUAUGAAUCAUUUUCCAACACUCUCGCUCUUUCGUCUUCUCCCUUCCCUGAUUUCUGAUCUCUUCUUCCAUUUUAUCUUUUGCAAUUCUUUAUCCUCAGAUUGUAUGAGACUGGUGUGACCUACUGUUCUGCCUUUCAGUCUCUAAAUCCACAUGAUCAUAUUAGUACAGCCCCCUCCUUUCUUCCUUAAAAGAAAUGUAACACUUUUUUUCUCCGCCAUUUCAGAUGAACAUUAAAAAUUAAACAACACGUGUUUUCUCAAAGAUGUUCUGGAAAAGAAAUAAACUCUUCCUGUGUCUUAAAAAGAGACGAUGAACAUUAUUAGAGGCUGACAGAUGUUCUAGUUCUAUGAAAUGCCAUGUUCAGGUGUAAUUUUUCUUUUUUGUAUUAUCUCUUUGCUCCCUUAAAGCACCUAUACUAAAGCUGGGGAGAAGGUGAUACAUUUCUCCAUAUUAUUUUUUACAAGGAAGUUAAGUCCAAGUA